GGCCCGGCCCGCCUCUCCCGGGGCGGGACCGCCACGCCCAUACCCCUCGGCCUCUCCCUGCGCAGGGGAUGGGCAGCCUCGGCGCCACCGCACGCCCCGCGCCGCCGCGGCUCCUGACCUGGAGAGAGCCCAGCCCCGCAGCCCCCAGCCGCUCCCCAGCGGCCGCCCUGAGACCUGGAGUUGUGCCGCGUUCACCGCCCUCCCUCCAGAUUCACCUGGUCACUCCUCAGACCAAGACAGAGAGAGUCUUCGAAACUUUCAGAAUAAACAACAGUUUCAACUAUAACUGUUAUCACUACCCACUGCUCAUCCUGCCUCUGAGGCCAACUUGUGCAUCACGUCAUCAGUCAGGCAUAACACAUCUACUUUAGAGGACACACAGGUUGAAGGACGGUAUCUGUCUCUCCAUUGGACUGCAAAUUCCUUGAGGGCCUUCUGGAUCCAGGCGGCGCUCGGCUGACGCCACCACCCGGCGCCGCCUGUCAUGCCCUGCGCCGGGCGUGGAUGGGUGGGCGGGCCCGCGCAGGCGCAGUGUAGCGAGUACGCCGGAGCGCGGGAAGCGGCCCUGAGCGGGCGUUGGUUCCAUGCUUUUCCUCAGCCGCAGAGCUGGGUUCUCUCGGUAAGUAGAAGAAAAGAUGCCUGCCACCCAGAAGCCGAUGAGAUUUGGACAUACCGAGGGACACACAGAUGUCUGUUUUGAUGAUUUGGGGAGUUGUAUUGUGACUUGUGGAAGUGAUGGUGAUGUGAGGAUUUGGGAAGACUUGGAUGAUGAUGAUCCUAAAUCCAUUAACGUUGGAGAAAAGGCAUAUUCAUGUGCUUUGAAGAAUGGGAAAUUGGUCACUGCAGUAUCUAACAAUACUAUUCAAGUCCACACAUUUCCUGAAGGAGUUCCAGAUGGUAUAUUGACUCGCUUCACCACAAAUGCAAACCAUGUGGUCUUUAAUGGAGAUGGUGCAAAAAUUGCGGCCGGAUCUAGUGAUUUUCUAGUCAAAGUUGUGGAUGUGAUGGAUUGCAGUCAACAGAAAACAUUUCGAGGACAUGAAGCUCCUAUUUUAAGUCUUUCCUUUGAUCCUAAGGACAUCUUUCUGGCAUCAGCUAGUUGUGAUGGAUCUGUCAAAGUGUGGCAAAUUUCAGAUCAGACAUGUGCUAUUAGUUUGCCACUGCUACAAAAAUGCAAUGAUGUGAUAAAUGCAAAAUCAAUCUGCAGACUUGCUUGGCAGCCAAAGGGUGGAAAGUUACUGGCAGUUCCUGUGGAAAAAUCUGUUAAGCUCUAUAGAAGAGAAACUUGGAAUAAUCAGUUUGAUCUUUCAGAUAAUUUCAUCUCUCAGGCCCUGAAUAUAGUAACCUGGUCUCCCUGUGGGCAAUAUUUAGCUGCAGGGAGUAUUAAUGGUUUAAUUAUAGUUUGGAAUGUGGAAACCAAAGGUUGCAUGGAAAGGGUGAAACAUGAAAAGGGUUAUGCAAUUUGUGGCCUGGCAUGGCAUCCUACUUGUGGUCGAAUAGCUUAUACUGAUGCAGAAGGAAAUCUCGGGCUCCUGGAGAAUGUUUGUGAACCCAGUGGAAAGUCAUCAAGUAGUAAGGUAUCUAGCAGAGUAGAAAAAGAUUACAGUGAUCUUUUUGAUGGAGAUGAUACAAAUAAUGCUGGUGAUUUUCUAAGUGACAAUGCAGUCGAGACUCCUUUUUCAAAAAGAAUUAUAAAUGAUGACGAAGAGGAUGAUGACCUCAUGCUGGCUUCAGGUUGUCCUAGACAGCGAAGUCACAUUCUAGAAGAUGAUGAAAACUCAGUUGAUGUCACAAUGUUAAAAACUGGUUCAAACCUUCUCAAGGAGGAGGAGGAAGAUGAUCAGGCAGACAACAUUCAUAAUCUACCACUUGUAACAUCCCAAAGGCCAUUUUAUGAUGGGCCGAUGCCAACUCCUCGGCAAAAGCCAUUCCAGUCAGGUUCUACACCUGUGCAUCUCACUCAUAGGUUCAUGGUAUGGAACUCUGUUGGAAUUAUUCGCUGCUAUAAUGAUGAACAAGACAAUGCCAUAGAUGUGGAGUUCCAUGAUACCUCCAUACACCAUGCAACACAUUUAUCAAAUACUUUGAAUUACACAGUAGCAGAUCUUUCCCAUGAAGCUAUUUUGUUGGCAUGCGAAAGCACUGAUGAACUAGCAAGCAAGCUUCACUGCCUGCACUUUAGUUCUUGGGAUUCAAGCAAAGAGUGGAUAGUAGACAUGCCUCAGAAUGAAGAUAUUGAAGCCAUAUGUCUUGGUCUGGGAUGGGCAGCUGCUGCCACUAGUGCCUUGCUCCUUCGGUUGUUCACUAUUGGAGGUGUUCAAAAAGAGGUCUUCAGUCUUCCUGGGCCUGUAGUAUCAAUGGCAGGAUAUGGAGAACAGCUUUUCAUUGUUUAUCAUAGAGGUACAGGAUUUGAUGGUGAUCAGUGCCUUGGAGUUCAACUGUUAGAGUUGGGGAAAAAGAAAAAGCAAAUUUUACACGGUGAUCCUCUUCCUCUUACGAGGAAAUCCUACCUAGUGUGGGUUGGAUUUUCAGCUGAAGGUACCCCCUGUUAUGUGGAUUCAGAAGGCAUUGUUCGAAUGCUUAACAGAGGGCUUGGUAAUACAUGGACUCCCGUGUGUAAUACAAGAGAACACUGCAAAGGAAAAUCAGAUCACUACUGGGUGGUUGGUAUCCAUGAAAAUCCCCAGCAACUGAGGUGCAUUCCUUGCAAAGGUUCUCGGUUUCCUCCCACCCUUCCACGCCCUGCUAUAGCUAUAUUAUCGUUUAAGCUUCCUUAUUGUCAGACUGCAACAGAGAAAGGACAAAUGGAGGAACAAUAUUGGCGUUCUGUUAUAUUUCACAGUCACCUUGAUUAUUUAGCUAAAAAUGGUUAUGAAUAUGAAGAAGGUACUAAAAAUCAAGCAAUAAAAGAACAACAGGAACUUCUAAUGAAAAUGCUUGCGCUUUCUUGUAAACUGGAGCGGGAAUUUCGUUGUGUGGAACUUGCUGAUUUAAUGACUCAAAAUGCUGUGAAUUUAGCCAUUAAAUAUGCUUCUCGUUCCCGGAGAUUAAUAUUGGCCCAAAGACUUAGUGAACUGGCUGUAGAGAAGGCAGCAGAAUUGGCCGCAACUCGGGUGGAAGAAGAGGAAGAGGAUGAUUUCAGAAAAGAGCUGAAUGCUGGUUACAGUAAUACUGCUACAGAGUGGAGCCAGCCAACGCUCAGAAACAAAGAUGAAGAAGAUGAGGAGGACACUGGAGAAGCUGAUGAUAAAGAGGAAAAACCAGAAAUACACAAGCAUGAACAGAAUCCAUUUUUCAAAAAUGCAAAUUCCUCUGAUGUGGCAGCUAUUAAGUCAGGUGCAGUUAUCUCUAGCAGCCAAGGACGGGUAAACCCCUUCAAGGUGUCAGCCAAUUCAAAAGAGCCAGCUAUUUCAGUGAAUUCAGCACGUUCAAGUAAUAUUUUAGACAAUAUGAACAAAUCAUCCAAGAAAUCUGCACUCAGUCGAGCUACAAAUAAUGAAAACUCUCCAGUUAUAAAGCCUCUAGUUCCAAAGCCAAAGUCAAAGCAGGCAUCUGCAGCAUCCUAUUUCCAGAAAAGAAUUUCCCAAGCUGAUAAGAAUGAGGAUGCAAAUGAAGAAAAUCCUAAAAAUUCAUCAUCUGAAACCCCAGUUCUGUGUCCUCAAAACACUGAAAGUCAAAGGCCAAAGACUGGGUUCCAGAUGUGGCUGGAAGAAAACAGAAGUAAUAUUUUGUCCGACAAUCCUGACUUUUCAGAUGAAGCAGACAUAAUAAAAGAAGGAAUGAUUCGAUUUAGAGGAUUGUCACCUGAAGAAAGGAAGGCAUGGACUACCAAGGCCAAAGGAGGUACUACAAGUGAUGGAGCUGAAGCGAAGAAGCGAAAACGUGUGGUGGAUGAAAGUCAUGAAACUGAAAACCAGAAAGAAAAAGCAAAGGAGAAUCUGAAUUUGCCUAAAAAGCAAAAACCUUUAGAUCUUUCUACCAAUCAGAAACUAUCAGCUUUUGCAUUUAAGCAGGAAUAGAGUUAAGGAAAUGACCUUAGGGAAGUAAUGGAUUUUUUUACUCAUCAUUGAUGAAUCUGGACUUAAAAAAAUAUAUAUCUUUAGAAAACUCAUUAUUAUUUUUAAAAGAGUUUAAUGACAACUGUUUCAGUCUUUAUUAAGGUAAUAAUAGUAACAGGGUAUGUGUAAAAGUUUCCAUACCUGGAGAUUGCUCUGCCCCCAAAUGGAGGGCCAUUCAGAAGCAUUAUGAUUGCAGGCACUGAUUUGAAGCCACCGGCAUGUCACAGUGGAAUCCAGUUUGACUUUGUUUCUUACCUUCAAAAUCAUCAAAGCCAAGGUCAUAAAACCUCUGAGAAUUGAAGUACCUUCAAGGGGUUUCCUCGUUUUGUUUAUGUUGUAUCCUGGUAAGUACUACAGAAGUCCUGUUCCACAUGUGUUACUGUAGACUGUUCUCUAUGUCUAUAUUGGACUAGGGACCAUGUAUUUUAAUAUGGGCCCUUAACAUGUAAAUAAUUUUGUAGAUGUGGUUUUUUUUCUUUUUUGGAAAUUGCUUCAUAUAUGGCUUUUAAUUGUCUUUGUAUAGCCUGAUUUUAAAAAAUAAAUAAGACUUUCACAUUUCCAUAUUUAGUUUGCUAUGAUCUUAAUAUUUUCCCAUGAAAUGAAGAUGUUUCUAGGAAACAGCUUAUAUUUAUUACCAUAAUUUCCACCAUCACCCCAUCCUGCUACACAUCAUACACAGAAGACAGAAGAGAAGAUUGAGGAUAGUUUUGGUAGUGUUUCAGCCCAGGGCAUUAUGUGCCCCUGUUAAGAUCCUCUGGUUAUCAACAUCAGCAGUACUUUCCUGAGCAAGUCUUUGAAGCUUUGAUAAGAGAGUAGUUAAAGAGUUAGGGAAAGUGUUUAACUUCUCUUUUAUUUUUAACAAAUAAGAUUUAAAUAUUCCAUAUAUUUUUUGGUUAUUAUUCUAAGCAGAGCUUAAAGCAAAUGUAGCCAUUUAAUGAGGGCAGAAUGUAGGGUGGCCUUGACAGAGGCAGGGGUGGGUUGUAGUAAAAUAAAAUCAGGUGGCUCAGAAUUGAGGAUGCUUUUAGAUGUUGGGAGGAACUUAAUGUGUUGAAAAUUUAGAUGUGUAGAAGCCAAAGAUAUUCCUUAUCUCUAAUGACUAAGGUUAGGAACGAGUACAUUCUCUGAUGUUUUAAUUAGUGGCUGGUAUAGAGACAUUACAGCACAGUGGGUAGGAGCACAGAUUUCGAAGUCACACUACUUGGAGUACUCUAGUACUGCCAGCUGAGUAAACCGUGGGCAAGUAUCUAGCCUUUGACCACUCAUCCGUAAAAUGGUUAAAAUAAUAUUACCUACCUCAUAGGGUUGUUAUGAGAAUUAAAUGAGAUAAAAGCACUUAGUUCCUGGUACAUAUUAAUGUUUUCUAUAAAUGUCAGCUAUUAAUUAUGCUAUUGGCUAUUUCAUCUUGCUUUA